AUGUCACUUGUAAGACAACAAGAUGGUGAAGAUAAAUCAAGUGGUAAGUCAGUUCCUAUCACAGCAAAAUCUCACAAAACUAGUUCAAGUCAAAGUAGAAAUAGAAGUGUUACAGAAGUUGUUGAUGAGCUUAUAAAGAUACAGGAAGAGGAGACAGCUGUAAUAAUCUCUUCUGCACAAGCAAAUGCUUUAGCUGAAAAGGCUAUUGCUGACAGAAGACUGGCUCAAGUGCAAGAAGAAGCCAAGUUGAAGGAAAUAGAAGUCAAGAAGAGGUUACUUGAAGGUCGUCUUUCACUUCUUAGCAAGGGAUCGUCUAGAGGUAGCAGUAAGUCAUCACGACGGACGCUCGAUUCACUUCUACAAGAGCCAAUAUCGACUAAGGAUGCUGUCGAACAGUGGAUGCAGGUGAAGGAAACUGACAAAUCUGAUCAGAAAUUUAGUUUGGAGCCUUGUGGCAUGAAUGAGAUGAAGACUUUGAGGAAGGAAGAUUUCAUACAGCGACAGGAUUUUCAGUCUAGUUUUUCGCCUCGAGAAGAACAUUGUGCUGGACCUCGAGAUGCAAAGACUGAAACACUGGAGCUAAAAGGAAAAGAUAGGAAGCAUAUUCUUCGAGAUGUUUUGUGUUCCCCUCAAGAUAUGCAACCUAAAUCUCAAAGUUAUCUUAAUGACAAUCAGUUUGAAUCAAAUAGAAAUACAGUAGUAAAUAAAGGAUAUUUAACCAACGAUGAAAAGUCAAAUAGAAAGAAGAUGCCUGCAAGAGUUUUAUCUACUCUUCCGAGCUUCAGCGGAGAUCUUGACCAAUGGCCCGCUUGGAUAGCUGAGUACAAUCGUUCGACUGAAUUGAAUGAUUACACGGACCUAGAGAAUCUUCAGAGACUACAGAAGUCCUUGUCCGGAAAAGCAAAGGAAAUGAUUUCAGCCCUAUUGAUAUAUCCCGAAAACGUAAAAGAAAUUAUCAAUUUGUUGGAAAAACGUUUCGGAAGACCAGAAAUCAUAAUUAAGAACUUAAUUGCAAGUGUGAGAAGUCGCCCACCCACAAAAGAUUACAAGCCUGACACUUUGGUGACUUUCAGCGACAUGGUGCGAAACUUAGUGGUGACAGUGAAGUCCUUGAAGCAAGAUCACUAUCUGUUCAACCCCCAACUGAUGGAAGAACUGACUGAUAAGCUAUCCACCAAUAUGAAACUUAAUUGGGGAAUGCACGUCACAUCACCACAGUCUCAAAUAAAACAUCCUGUCGGCCUGGACACUUUUUCAAUGUGGCUUUCUUCUGUGGCAGAUGCAGCAACUAUAUGUACUCCUAGUACAUCAUCUUUACCUGGGAACUACAAAAGUGCAACAAGUGGGAAUUCAAACCAAAACAAAAACUAUGUGCUUAUCCAAGAAGAAAGUGACAAAAGACCUGGAAAGCAGAUGUGUCUUUGCUGUAAGAAAAAAGAACAUUGUUUGGAAGACUGCAAGCAGUUCUUAGAAUAUGAUGUGAACAAGAGAUGGGACACAGUCAAGAGUUGCAGUGUGUGUUUCAAUUGCCUGAAAAAGAAGCACCGAGCAGCAAAGUGCCGUAAAAGGGUUGCCUGUGGAGUGAACGGUUGUACCUACUCUCACCACAAACUGUUGCACUGCCCCAGAAAGAAAGAAGAUGAGAACACAAAAGAUCCUGAACCAACUGAAGUACAAACAGAGCACGUAGGGUAUCAAGAGGAAACGAUAGCAAGGGUUCUCUUAAGAGUUCUCUCUGUGACUUUGGUGGGAAGAAAUGGAGUGAAAAUUUACACGUAUGCACUUAUUGAUGAUGGUUCUACCGUUUCCAUAAUUGAAAAAGAUUUGGCAGAAGAACUUGGAAUUGAAGGUCCUGAAAAACCUAUAUCGUUUUCAUGGACAGAUGGGUCUGUUUACACUGAAGAGCAGUCUCAAACCAUAUCAGUGACAGUUAUUGGAGAAACAGGAGAAGAGUUAUUACUGGACAAUGUGAGGACAUUGAGAGAGUUGCAGCUACCAACACAAUCAAUUAGCAUGGAGAAAAUGAAAAGAAAAUGGUCGCAUCUACAAGACAUCCCAGAGGAAGUUUUCAGACGUGGUCGGCCAAGACUUCUCAUUGGACAUGAACACAUCCACCUGACAGUUCCUCUGCAAGUUGUGAUCGGGCCUGCCAAUGCACCUAUUGCACUGAAGUCAAAGUUGGGAUGGACAAUUAACGGCCCCACUGGAAAAAGUAUUUACCAAUCUCGAGUCGAUGAAGAAUUUGUGAUGUUUAAAAGCGAGAUAAGCUCAGAGAUAGAAGACCUUAAUUCGAUAGUCAAAAGAAGUUUCGAUACAGACUUUUUUGAUUGCUCAGAUUACAGCUGUAAGAAGACUGAAGAGGAAGUGAGAGCAGAAACAAUUUUGGAAAAUACAUGUUCUCAGAAAGAAGAUGGAUGUUGGCAAGUUGGUUUGCUUUGGAAAAAAGACAAUCCUCACUUACCUGAAAGUCGGUCUGUUGCUUGGCGAAGAUUAAACUAUGUCGAUGAAAAAAUGAAAGAAAAUCCAAAACUUAGCGAACAAUAUCAUAAACAGAUAUUAAGCUACGCUGAAAAGGACUACGCAGAGAAGCUGAGCCCAGAUAAAGCUAACAACAGGAGUGAGAAGACAUGGUAUCUCCCUCACUUUUCCGUGAUCAACCCAAGGAAACCAGACAAGUUCCGGUUUGUGUUCGACGCAGCUUCGAAAGCUCACGGACAAAGCUUAAACAGUCAUCUACUUCCUGGGCCAAACUUGUUUAACAGUUUGAUUGGUAUUCUGUUUCAAUUUAGAAAACACAAGAUUGCGUUUGCAGCAGACAUAGAAGAAAUGUUUCUGAGGAUAAAAAUAAUAGCAGAAGAUCAAGAUGCACUACGAUUUCUCUGGAGAGGAGGAAAUAGAAAUCUUGAAGAAUGGUGUAUGACAUCUAUGAUUUUUGGAGCGGUGUGCUCACCUACUAGUGCCAUCUAUGUCAUGAGGAAAAAUGCUGAAAAAUAUGGAAAAGAAAACCAAGAAGCUUUGCAUGCCAUACAAGAACAGUUUUACAUGGAUGACUAUCUGGACAGCAGAGAAACUAUUGACGAAGCAGAAACUUUGGUAAAAGAUGUAGUAAAUAUCUGCCAGAAAGGAGGAUUCAACUUGAGGAAUGUCAUCAGUAAUUCAGAGGAACUAAUUAGUUCACUGCCCAAGUCAAAAUGGUCAAGCAAUUACUCGAAUGAAGAAUUGGGAUUAUCAGCCGAGGAUACAGAACGAGUUCUCGGACUGCACUGGAACUUUCGUGAAGAUGUCCUUGUCUUUAAAGUGAACUUCAUUAAAGUAAAGAAUGAAAUUGUACAAUUAAAGGAGUCACCAACAAAGCGACAGGUUCUGCAGGCUGUGAUGUCUAUUUACGAUCCAUUGGGAUUCAUUACUCCGAUUACGAUGAAAGGAAAAAUCCUUGUACAAAACCUGUGGAAGUUAAACAUUCAAUGGGAUGAAGUAAUACCAGCCGAAUUACAGAAGUUGUGGGAAAACUGGAUGAAAGAUGUAAAGAAGUCAGAAAACUUGAAAAUACAACGGUGCUACAACCUAAUUUCAAAUUGCUCCUUGCAGCUGCAUAUAUUUUGUGAUGCGAGUGAAAAAGGAUUUUGUUCAGUGGCCUAUUUCAGAGUGGGAAAAGGAGAUCAAGUUGAGGCUACAUUUGUACUGGCAAGAUCACGUGUUGCUCCCCUAAAGUCGUCCACCAUCCCUAGACUUGAACUACAAGCAGCUGUAUUAGGCAGUCAAAUUGCAUCUUUGAUCUAUCAGUUUCACAAAAUGGAAAUAGACCAAACAUACUUUUGGACGGACUCAAGAAUUGUGUGGUGCUGGAUUCAAGCAACUCAAAAGCAAAAGUCAGCCUACGUUGCUAAUCGUGUUGUAAAAUACUGA